GACGGGACGGGGCGGGGAUGGGGACCUGGGGCCCUGGCGGCUGCCGUUUCGGUCGCUGAGAGCCAGCCCUACAGCCACAGUCCUUCCAACACGCUCGGCCUCCCCGCCUUCAGAGCACCCCCUCCCCGGAUAAGACACCAACUCGGCCGGCGGGGGCAGAUCCCCCGACCUCUUUUUUCCCUCCUCUUCAGGGCUUUCCCCUUCCCACCCCUGAGUCCAGCCUUCCUGGGUUUCCAGCCGGCCCCUCACCUUCAAAGCAGACGCGGGAUUGGAGGAGGGAGUUUGGCCAGGGAUGGGACUUAACAAACUCCUUGGGGACCUUGAUUCCCAGGGAACAAUGGCAGUGACCCAGCACGGACUGGGGACCCAGUCAGGCAGCCCAGAAACAGGGAGAUUAUACAAACAGAUGUAAAGACCCACUUAACAACAUGUGUGAACCUGUCUACAAGGCUGGGACGGGAUAUGAGGUGCGAAGAAUCCAGUUUCAACCGAGUGGUGUAUCGGAAAAAGAUGCCAUCUCAGUGUUGGUUUGUGUUUAUUUUCCACUGACCCUAUGGGUGAAGAUAUCCUUGACCAUUACUCUGUCUGAAUAUGUUCCAGCUCAUCCGAUGUUACAUCACCAGGUUGAAAGUUGUGGAGAUCUCCACAAGGAUUUGGAGAAGAGUCCUAAUAGUUAUUAAAAUUCUGGACUAGAUCUACUAGGAAAGGUAGAUGGACUAUAAGGCACUUGCCCAACAAACUGCUCAAGAAAUUUUAGGUUACUAUCAAGAUACAUCAGGCUGGAAAGUGGUUAAGACUUCUAAAAAGAUAACUGUUUCCAGCAAGGCUUCUAAGAAAUUCCAUGGAAAUCUAUAUCGUGUUGAAGGAAUAAUUCCAGAAUCAACAUCUAAACUAUCUGAUUUCCUCUACAAACCUGAAAACAGGGUCACAUGGGACAAAUCAUUGAAACUGUACAGCAUGGUACAAAAAAUUGAUUCGGACACAUUCAUAUGUCAUACCAUUACACAAAGUUUUGCCAUGGGCUCAAUAUCCCCCUGAGACUUUAUUGACUUAGUGUAUUUGAAGCACUACGAAGGGAAUAUGGAUAUUAUCAGUUCUACUAGUGUGGAUUUUCCAGCAUAUCCUCCAUCUUCAAAUUAUAUCCGUGGUUGUAACCAUGCUUGUGGCUAUGUAUGUUCACCUCUGCAAAAGCGUUAUUUCCAUAUAUUUAUUUUUUAA